AUGGCCCUGGCCGUCUCCGCGAAGUUCACGAAGGAUCAGCGCGUCCUGGCGGUGACGCAGAGCCACGCAGCUGCCAUCAAUCUUCACCGGCGACUGGAGCAUUUUGGCGUCCCAGCAGCUCGCGUCGGCUGGACGCUUACUGCUCAGGAGGUUGUGAGCCAGAAGAUCUUUGAAAUGAUGCGGUCCGGUCGAGAGGAAGAUGAGGAGUCCGACCUGCUGAUUCGGAUCAGUAGCUCGGCCAAGGCUGAGGAGAAGGAUGGUCUCCGCUCCAACGAGCAAAAGCGGGCCCACUUCGUGGUCAUGCGGCGCAUGGCGCGGCUAAGUCAGGUCAUUGUCAUGACCUUCGCCUCCUCCGGGAAUGCAGUGUUGUUGCAAUCUUUGGGCGAGAUCCCUCUGCUCCUCGUAGACGAGGCGGCGCAGUGUGUGGAGCCCGGGCUUUUCGUGCCACUGAACUGGGGCUCCGUUGCCUUCGCGCUGGUUGGCGAUGAGAAGCAGCUCCCAGCCACGAUCCUCUCGAAGAAAGCAUCGCAGCUGGACCUGGGAGUGUCGAUCUUCGAGCGUUUCGUGCGAGAUGAGAUUGUCUCCCUGGGUAACGGCUUCGUCCAGCUCGACGAGCAGCAGCGAAUGCAUCCUUCGAUUGCACGGUUUCCAUGCGACGCCUUCUACGGCGGAACUAUACGAGACGGUCUGGCGAUGUCCAAGCGCGAGCUCAUUCCUGGGUUUCCUUGGCCCGUGCCCGGUUGCCAUGUGGCCUUCGUCGAGUGUGGCUACAUGACCGGGGAGGAGGGAAAUCUGGGUGGCAGCCACUCCAACUACAAAGAGGCCAACGUCCUCCUGACGGUGCUGAAACGCUGCCUCGCCGAAGGUACCUUGCCCAGCCAGGUUGGCAUCAUCACCGGCUACUCUGCGCAGCAGGUGCGGCGACUGGGGCGGCUGUGCUGCUCGCUUCCACAGGAAGUGGCAUUCCAAGACUUGGCAGUCCACACGUACAGCCACUGGAAGAAGGCUUGA